GAUGCAGCUCUAACCACCAUGGAAACAAGGAGAAAUAAGGAGAGCUAGCAGGCAUCUUUCUCUUCACUGGAUUGUGAACCUCAGUCAGCCAGCAACAGAGCUCUGACAAACGUAAGGGAUCUCAGCUGGCAGCACAGAGAUUCUCUCAUUUUGUAGGAUAUCUAUAGAUAAAUGUAUCAUAUACUAUAUAUACAUGCAACUCGUCAGACCCUGGCAUUAACACAAAUAUGUGGUUACCUGCACUAAGGAAUCCAAAUAUACAGAUGCAGAAGUCCUCCAGCACUGAAACUACUCUUCCAGGGUCAUCCUGUCAUUCCUGUGAACAAUAAUCAGUCAUGGGAUCUGAAGUUAAUACUAGCAAAUAAAUGAAUUGCUUGAUCAUCUAUGACCAUCUAUACAUGCUUCAUCAUCACAAACCUUAUCAGUUUUAUGGCAUCAAGGAGACAGUGACCUUCAUUUCCACAACAUGCCUGUUAUCAUUGGACCAGGUGGUUACGAAGUUAUCACUUAUUUUCGGGAAGAAAAUCUUUGUGCUUCUUUGGCAUUCAUCAUUUGACAAAUGCAAGUAUUUGUUUUAUCAAGUGACCAGCUCUUACUGAAGUUGAAAACAGCAUCUGUGGUAUCCUUAAGGGCCCAUUACUUUUCUGAAGACUUGAGCUAAAAUGAAGGACAUGCCACUCAAAAUUCAUUUUCUACUUGGCCUAGCUAUCACUGCAUUUGUACAAGCUGUAGAUAAAAAGGUAGACUGCCCUCAGUCAUGUACCUGUGAGAUCAGACCUUGGUUUAGCCCAAGAUCCAUAUAUAUGGAAGCUCCAACAGUGGACUGUAAUGAUUUAGGCCUUGUUAAUUUCCCAACAAGACUGCCUGCUGACACACAGGUUCUACUUCUACAGACAAACAACAUUGCAAAAAUUGAACACUCAGUAGACUUCCCAGUGAACCUUACUGGUCUUGAUUUAUCUCAAAACAAUUUAUCCUCAGUGAUCAGUAUUAACCUUAGAAAGAUGCCACAGCUUCUUUCGGUGUACCUUGAGGAAAACAAACUUACUGAGCUGCCUGAAGAAUGUCUGUCUGGACUGAACAAUUUGCAAGAACUCUACAUUAAUCACAACUUGCUUUCCACAAUUGCAUCAGGAGCUUUUAUAGGCCUUGAUAAUCUUCUUAGACUUCAUCUCAAUUCAAACAGCCUACAGAUGAUCAACAGUAAGUGGUUUGAAGCUAUUCCUAACCUUGAGAUUCUCAUGAUUGGAGAAAAUCCGAUCAUCAAAAUCGAAGAAAUGAACUUUAAGCCUCUUAUCAAUCUGCGCAGCCUGGUUUUAGCAGGCGUAAAUCUCACUCAAAUACCUGAUAAUGCUUUGGUUGGCCUUGACAAUUUAGAAAGCAUCUCAUUUUAUGACAAUAGAUUUGUUAAAGUGCCCCAUGUUGCUCUUCAAAAAGUUACAAAUCUCAAAUUUUUGGAUCUAAAUAAGAAUCCUAUUAACAGAAUACGAAGAGGAGAUUUUAGCAAUAUGCUGCACCUAAAAGAAUUGGGAAUUAAUAACAUGCCUGAACUAAUUUCUAUAGAUAGUCUUGCUGUUGACAAUUUGCCAGAUUUAAGAAAAAUAGAAGCUACCAAUAACCCCAGAUUAUCAUACAUCCAUCCAAACGCUUUCUAUAAACUUCCCAAGCUAGAAUCACUCAUGCUCAAUAGUAAUGCACUUAGUGCCCUGUACCGUAAUACAAUAGACUCUUUACCUAACCUCAAGGAAAUCAGUAUACACAGCAAUCCAAUCAGAUGUGAUUGUGUCAUCCGCUGGAUUAACAUGAAUAAAACCAACAUUCGAUUCAUGGAGCCAGAUUCAUUAUUUUGUGUGGAUCCUCCAGAAUUUCAAGGCCAGAAUGUGAGGCAGGUACACUUUAGGGAAAUGAUGGAAAUCUGCCUCCCACUGAUAGCGCCCGAAAGUUUUCCCUCAACUCUGGAUUUAGAAACUGGCAGCUAUGUUUCCUUACACUGCAGAGCAACAGCAGAACCAGAACCUGAAAUAUACUGGAUAACACCAUCAGGUCACAAACUUUUGCCUAAUACAGUUAUUGAUAAAUACUAUGUCCAUUCUGAAGGAACAUUAGACAUAAGUGAUGUUACACGAAAAGAAAGUGGACUAUAUACAUGCAUAGCAACUAACCUAGUUGGAGCAGAUUUAAAAUCAGUUAUGAUUAAAGUGGAUGGUUCCUUCCCCCAGGACAGCAAUGGAUCUUUGAAUAUUAAAAUAAAAGAAGUGCAAUCUAAUUCUAUUCUGGUGUCUUGGAAAGCAAGUUCUAAAAUUCUGAAAUCCAGCAUUAGAUGGACUGCAUUUCAGAAGACCGAGAACUCUCAGGCUGCACAGAGUGUUCGAAUUCCAUCUGAUAUAAAGGUAUAUAAUCUUACUCAUCUAAAUCCAUCAACUGAAUAUGAAAUUUGUAUAGAAAUUCCCACCAUCUACCAGCAGAAUAAAAAACAAUGUGUCAAUGUCACCACAAAAGGAUUGGACCUUGCAGUGAAAAAUUAUGAAAAGACCAACAUAAUAGAAUUCCUUGCCUGCCUUGGAGUUCUCUUAGGAGUCAUCUGUGUGGUAUAUCUCUACAGUUGCAUCUCACAAGAAAUUAACUGCGGUGCAGGACACGGCUAUUUAAGGAAUUACCUGAAAAAACAAUCCUUUUCACUCAAUGAGCUUUAUCCUCCUCUAAUCAGUCUUUGGGACACCGGCAAAGAGAAAAGCACAUCACUGGAAGUAAAAGCAACUGUGAUAGGAGUACCAACGAAUAUGUCAUGAAACACCAGUGUAAACACCAAUGUUGGAAAAGUACAAGACUGCAGUUGUGCUAAAUAAAAAGGCAAAAAAAAAGUAUUACUCGUUAGAAAUCAGAAGUCUGGGCAUUGCUGCUGGUGUUGACAAAUAGGAAUAUGUACUGAUUCAGCAUAAAAAGGAUUUUAACUAACUGACUUCUAAGGGUAUUGUGCCAACCAAAUACAAUUACUCCAUUUUUUAGAACUUCCAUGUGACUUUUCAGUCUGGAAUACAGUGCAAGUAGCCAAGAACAUUUUCUGUAUUUUUUUUAAUUAAGUAAUAGUAGAACUGAGCAAUACCUCCUCCUGUGCUGUAUUACACACACUAGCAGUGUGUUUUUGCAAUGACCAGAUAAACUAGAAUUGACACGUGGUGUAAUGAAAUGGACAAAUUCUGUAGAGUAGACACAGUGAGUAUGUGAAACAUUUUUUAUGAGGAAAAAUACAUUUUUGAUUAAAAUCAAAAGAGUUUUUGGCUUGUUUCUUAAAAAAAGAGAAUCCAUCUGGGGGCUCCUCUUUGACAAUAAACAAAUUCAUUUUAAUGUCUUAUAAAAUCUCUCUCUAUAAAUCUCUUUAUAUAUUUUCCAGUUGAAAUGCAGCUUUGACUGCAUAGGAAAUUUUUGCUGUUUUUUAGGCUGUAUAACUGAAAUAAAUAACACAAUAAAUACUAAUAUAAAGUAGUUAUCCAUAUGGUUAAUAAGUAAUAACUAUAUAUAUGUACCUGUUGGUCAUUAAAACACACACACACACACACACACACACACACACCCCUCUUCAUCCUCAAGGAGAAAAAAACAGGGACCUACUGCUGUCAGCGAAUUAGAUUUAUUUUUUUACUUGGUGUCUGAAGAUUGGAUUUAAUUAUUAGACUCAAAUAAUGUAAAUCCAAUACUUUGGCUGCAAUAAAAAGGCCAAUUUAAUGAUUAACAGUGUCUAAAGUUUAUGUUGCUUGGUACACAGACACACAAUUUUUAACAGAACUUAGCAAUCUUGUUGACAUUUAGGAUCUCUCUGUGGGAUCAGAAUUCUGUUCUGCUACAACAGCAACCAUCGCCAAUAAAGGGUUUAUUAAUCUCUCCAGCUUUGAAGAUGUGACAUGCAAAUAACUGAAUGACGUACACUGAAAUAAAAUGAAUGCUUGAUCCCACUCACAAUGACCUUAAUGGCAACAUUCCCCUUCUAUUCAUUAAGAGUAAGGCUGGGCCUUGAAACAGCAAAUGGACACUGUUGCUGACUCUAAAUUUAAAUCCGAAUUCUAUCGGAGUAAAUCUGACUAUUCCUGGAUACAGUGGAAAAAGUAGUCCAAAACUGAAGUAUGACAUGCUAAGGAGUGUUAACCUCCAGGUGGUAGAAGACAGAUGAAGAAGCUAUCAGCAAAAUUGCUACCUUGCUCCAGUUAGUGGUUGUGUAUACAAAUACAGAGAACUAAGUCAGAAGGAAAAAUGGAGUAUCCAUUUAGGGAAUGAAAAGAGUACAUUUAGAGAAUUAAAAAUUAUUAAAACAACAUGUAAGAAUCUUGCAUAUGAAACAAAAA